CUGAAAAUGGGCCCAAUAGAUGACGAGGUGGAAGAGAAUCAGACAGCAGAAGAGGUGAAGAUAGAGCUGUAUGGGCCAGGGCACACCACUCCUAAAGGGGACCUGGCCCCUGACCCUGAGCCCCAGCUCAUAGACAGCACCAAAUUACUGGAGGUGCGGGUUGUCCUCAUCCUGGCCUAUUGCUCCAUCAUCAUGCUUGGAGUAGUUGGUAACUCUUUGGUGAUCCACGUGGUGAUCAAAUUCAAGAGCAUGCGUACAGUAACUAACUUCUUCAUUGCCAAUCUUGCUGUGGCAGAUCUUUUGGUGAACACCCUGUGCCUGCCAUUCACACUCACCUACACCUUAAUGGGGGAGUGGAAAAUGGGUCCUGUUCUGUGCCACCUGGUACCCUAUGCCCAGGGACUGGCUGUACAAGUGUCCACUAUCACCUUGACAGUAAUUGCCCUUGAUCGGCAUCGGUGUAUUGUAUACCACCUGGAAAGCAAGAUCUCCAAACGCAUCAGCUUCCUGAUUAUUGGUAUGGCCUGGGGUACCAGUGCCCUGCUGGCAAGUCCUCUGGCCAUCUUUAGGGAAUAUUCAUUGAUUGAGAUUAUUCCAGACUUUGAGAUUGUGGCCUGUACUGAGAAAUGGCCUGGUGAGGAGAAGAGCAUGUAUAGUACUAUUUAUAGUCUUUCCUCCUUGCUAAUCCUGUACCUUUUGCCUCUGGGCAUCAUAUCUUUCUCUUACACUCGGAUUUGGAGUAAGCUGAAGAACCACAUCAGCCCUGGAGCUGCAAGUGAUCACUACCAUCAGCGAAGACAAAAAACAACUAAGAUGCUGGUGUGUGUGGUGGUGGUAUUUGCGGUCAGCUGGCUGCCCCUCCAUGCCUUUCAGCUUGCUGUGGACAUUGACAACCAGGUCCUGGACCUGAAGGAGUACAAACUCAUCUUCACUGUGUUCCACAUCAUUGCCAUGUGCUCUACUUUUGCCAAUCCCCUUCUGUACGGCUGGAUGAACAGCAACUACCGGAAGGCUUUCCUUUCAGCCUUCCGCUGUGAGCAGAGAUUGGAUGCCAUUCAUUCAGAGGUAUCUGUGACUUUCAAGGCUAAAAAGAACUUAGAAGUCAAAAAGAACAAUGGCCCUACUGACUCCUUCUCAGAGGCUACCAAUGUCUAAGGAAACAGGUUGGAAAUGUAGAGCGAAUUCUGACCAGAGCUGUUCAUCUGGUUGAAGCAUCUGCUUGGGGUUGCAUGUCCAUUUCCCAUUUUAAGUACUGAAGAAAAUAUGCAUGGAAGCAUCUGUGAUUGGUGUAUUUUCUGGAAAGCUGGCUAGCAGAGUCUAGGUGAAAGUACUCACAUUCAAAGAUAAGUCCACAAAAGGUUGCUCAGAUGAUAGGUUAAAUAAGAGCAAAAGUAGUGAGAAAUACUACUAUUGUUUGAC